CUUUCCUCCAUUCCGAUUCAUCUUCUCUCGUAGUAGCUCACAUCCAACAAGCAGCAGCGGCGGCAGUUUCAGAAGGAGGAGGUUUCUUGGUGUUGAUGUCGAUGGCGCAGGUGUGCUGCGACUCGGCCACGUCCGCGGUCGUGGUCGGGGCGGAGGCGGAGGCCAGGGCCAGGGCGCGGGCCGGGAGGCGCCGCCGAGCCGGAGACUCGGCCGCGAGGUGGAAGAUCGCGUCCAAGGCUCCGGAAGGCGGGGAGGAGGCCACGCGGAAGCGGCGCGCGGCCGGGGGCGAGGUGGUGGCCGCCAAGCGCCACGGGUUCGCGUCGGUCGUCGGGCGGAGGCGGGAGAUGGAGGACGCGGUCUCCGUGCGCGAGGCCUUCGCCGCGGCACCGGCCGCGGAGGACAAAGAGUCCGCCCAGCCGCGCGACUUCUACGGGGUGUUCGACGGGCACGGCUGCUCGCACGUGGCCGACGCGUGCCGGGACCGGAUGCACGAGCUGGUGGCCGCGGACCUGCCCACCACCACCUCCGCCGACCCCUCCCCCUGGGCGGCCGCCAUGGAGCGGAGCUUCGCGCGGAUGGACGCGGAGGUAACCACCGCGGCCGCGCGCGCCGCCACCGCCAGCCCCAGCUGCCGCUGCGAGGCCAACAAGUGCGACCACGUGGGCUCCACGGCCGUGGUGGCCGUCGUCGAAGACCACCACAUCAUCCUCGCCAACUGCGGCGACUCGCGCGCCGUGCUCUGCCGCGACGGCGGCAAGCCCGUGCCGCUCUCCUCCGACCACAAGCCCGACCGGCCCGACGAGCUGGCCCGCAUCGAGGCGGCCGGCGGGCGCGUCAUCUUCUGGGAGGGCGCGCGGGUGCUCGGCGUGCUCGCCAUGUCGCGCGCCAUCGGGGACGGCUACCUCAAGCCCUUCGUGAACGCGAUCCCCGAGGUGACGGUCACCGAGAGAUCAGACGGCGACGAGUGCCUCAUACUGGCAAGCGACGGGCUGUGGGACGUGGUCAGCAACGAGACCGCGUGCGAGGUGGCCGCGGCGUGCCUGCGCAGGGGCAGGGACCGCUGGUGCGCAGAGGCGGCAGCCAUGCUCACCAAGCUGGCCCUCACCAAGAACAGCUCCGACAACAUCUCCGUUGUCGUCGUCGAUCUCAGGCGCAGGAAUCACUCGUAGCGAGGGUCACUAAGCUCAUGUGAUCUCCAUAGCAGAACAGUACUAGUAACAGUAGGAUGAAUCAAAAUUAGCUCUAGCGAUUCUACUGAUUAAUUUGUUUCCUCUUUACAUUCUUUUCUUGUUUCCCCGCAACAAAUUCUCCCUGAAUCAACUUCAGUGGAGUACAUAGAUUAUAUAGGAGACUAUUAUGCUUUGCCUUCUGGAAAGAACUACAAAAUCUUGGUGUAACCAUAGUUGGAUCAUUGAAAUCGAAAUCGCAAGUUCAUCAAAA